CUAAAACUAAAAAGAAAGUAAAGCAGGGGGAUGAGAGAGAGCAAAUAGAAUACGUACCACAUAUAUUUAUUUUUUGCAAAGCUGCGGGGCGCGGCUGCAGUGGGAGAACGGACCACAACGGGAAGCAGAAGGAGAGGAGGGGUUCGAUCCUCGGAGAGGGCACAAGGCCAAGGCGUAAGCAUAAGAUUUGAAUUAACAGGACAAAAAUGAGCGUGGAGCCGGUUUCGUCUAAUGGCGGCUUCGGUCAGCUCGACCAACAUAUUGAGCAGCUCAUGCAGUGCAAGCCCUUAUCCGAGCAAGAGGUUCGAGGAUUAUGUGACAAAGCCAAGGAGAUUCUAAUGGAAGAAAGUAAUGUGCAGCCUGUCAAGUGCCCUGUUACAAUAUGUGGCGACAUUCAUGGUCAAUUUCAUGAUCUAGCAGAGCUUUUCCGAAUCGGGGGAAAGUGUCCAGAUACCAAUUACUUGUUCAUGGGCGAUUAUGUUGAUCGUGGAUACUAUUCGGUUGAAACUGUCACUCUUCUAGUAGCAUUGAAGGUCCGUUAUCCUCAACGAAUCACUAUUUUAAGAGGAAACCAUGAGAGUCGCCAGAUUACACAAGUAUAUGGAUUCUAUGACGAGUGCUUGCGGAAGUAUGGGAAUGCAAAUGUAUGGAAGAUAUUUACAGAUCUUUUUGACUACUUCCCAUUGACAGCGCUGGUGGAAUCAGAAAUUUUUUGUCUGCAUGGUGGAUUGUCACCUUCCAUUGAUACCCUUGAUAACAUAAGGAAUUUUGAUCGUGUUCAAGAAGUCCCACAUGAAGGGCCUAUGUGUGAUCUUUUAUGGUCUGAUCCUGAUGAUAGAUGUGGAUGGGGUAUUUCUCCACGUGGUGCUGGAUAUACAUUUGGACAAGAUAUUUCUGAACAAUUUAACCACACAAACAACUUAAAACUAAUAGCUAGAGCACAUCAGCUAGUCAUGGAAGGCUACAACUGGGGGCAUGAGCAAAAAGUUGUCACAAUAUUUAGCGCACCAAACUACUGCUAUCGGUGUGGCAAUAUGGCAUCUAUUCUGGAAGUUGAUGAUUUUAAAGGACACACGUUUAUUCAGUUCGAGCCAGCUCCAAGACGUGGGGAGCCAGAUGUGACACGAAGGACACCAGAUUACUUCUUGUGAGUCGCUCUCUCGGAUGUUCCCUACUUGCUGUUUUUCUGCUAGCAAGCUUUUGGCUGCUGCUUGGUCUACGAAUCUGCUCUUUUAUGAACAUGCGAGUGUUGUUGAUAUCAAAGCUUUUCCGCGUUUCUAGUGGACUACAUUAUCUUCAAAGUAUGCUUCAAAUUGAAUGGAAGAAGCAUGUAAAAUGAUCAGGUAUUUCUUGUAAGGGUCUUUGUUAUUUUAGUUUGAAACUUUAUUUGUAGGGAGUGCAUAUGCACUACCAAGUGUAUCAAAUUAAGAUGUGCUUUUGUCUAGGGAGAGGCAGCUUAUUUCCAAAAAAUUAUUUAAUUUCAGCACUAGUAAAACUUGUAUUGGGCAUUGCUGCUGAUUGAGUGCCGUGCCCAUUCCCAUCUCGUUAAUCAGUAGCUUGGGGCAAUUGCUUGUUUGCUGCACUAAUGAGCAGCAGCAAUUUCAUGGUGCUUCUAACCAAUUCAUAGAAUUCAGAAUAUAUUUACUUCUGAAAAUGUGUAUCUUGGUAGGCUCUACCUUUCAUUGUGAUGAACAUUGAGGACUAUUACAAACACACUAAGGCGGUUGAGCUCUUUUCCCGUUUAUCAGGCGUGGUCAAUUUGCAAAGAACAUUAAAAGGGAAAGAAUCAGAAUGAUUAAAAAUGCUAAACUGCAUAUUUGUGUUUGUGCUUUA